CUCAAAAUAACCGGGGAUUGGAGAUUCAUCUAGACACAAUCAAUGUCCCCCCUCAUCCCCUUGCAAGAAUGCCAACCAGCACUUCCCAUGCAUCGAGAACAUCAAGGAUGUCACAGUGACGCCAUCAGAGCCAGAAUUUAAACUUUGAUGUCGCCCAAACUGUGAUCAACAGUUCGGAAUUUGUCAAAUCUUCACUAUGGCGUUACCCGUUGUCUCUCCUCCCCUCCUCUGUCCCUGUUCCACUUACACUCCCUUAAUCACACAUUGACCUCAGAAGCCAUCACCAUGCCCUCAGCCUGGACCGAUGACACCACCAACGACCAACCCGCCAACGACGCAUCAUCCCCCACCCCAGCCGCCGACUUCCUCACCACAGAGAUCUACAACAUCGGCGCCCAGCCGGGCAUCCGCUCGCUGCCCCCGAGCCCGGAACGCGACUUCCUGGCCCUUACCUGGGGGCCGGUCGUCUACCGCACGGCCUACAGCGCCCGCGCGGACCGACUCCUGCCAGUGUUCCUGCGCGCCCUGUCCCACGAGGUCCAGGCGGCCAUCCCGCGCCGGCUCCCCGGCACGCCCAAGCAGCGGCACCUGCUCGAGACGAGCUACGCCUGCAAGGUCUUCAGCGACGAGACGCGGUUCGCGGGAGCGGGGGCAGAGAUCGGCGCCGUCCGCCGCGCGUUCCACGACUGGAAGCGCGCGGACCUGGCGCUGCCGCUGAUGGAGCUGCCGGCGCGGUUGCGGGUGUGUUUGGUGGUGGAUGAGGGGGUGCUGCGGGCUUUGGAGAGGAUGAUGACGACGACGACGACGACGACGACGACGACGCAGGAGAAGGACACAGACGAGGAGGCCCGGGAGAGCUCGGCGGAGGACGGCAUUGAGAAGGGAUCCGGGGAGAUGUCCUACGGCAGUUUUUGCUUUACAAGUCAAGUAUCCACCAUGGAUCGGUAUCUCUCCCGAAAACGGGCCCGGAGUCCACCGACGCCCACCUGCUCGGAUGAGGACUCGACCGACAUGAAGCUGGCGCGCCUGGCCUCUCUCUUCCCGGACAUGGCUCUCGAUGCAUUGAUGGAGAUUCUCCUUUCCAGUGGCGGCUGCGUAGGGACAGCAACCACCACCAUCCAGGCGCAAGCCUCUCUGUACCCUCCCAAGAAGCGAUCGACGGCCGGCGCCACCCCCGCCAUCCAGACCUCCCUGAACGCCCACAUGCGGAUAUCCCACCCGCAAGACCAGAAGCGCUCACUACUGACCCGCAAAGGCAAGACGCUGCAUCUAUACGCCCCGGAGGACAUCGCGGCGCACACGCCCUGCACCAUCAUCCACAACUUCCUGCCCGCGGCGCAGGCCAACGCGCUGCUGCUCGAGCUCCUCGACGAAUCGAAGCACUUCUCGCGCUAUCGCUUCCAGCUCUUCGACCGCACCGUCCAGAGCCCCCACUCCGCCAGCAUCUACGUCGCCACCCCGGAGCAACACCGCCAGCACACCGCCGAGUACACCUACGGUGGCACCUACCGGGCCACCGUCCGGCAGACCACCCCGCACCUGCGCGCCGUCUCCGGAACGGUCCAGCAGACCGUCAACGCCGAGAUCCAGCACCGCAUCCGCACCGUCUACCCGGGCGGCCGGAAGCUGAAGUACCAAUCCCCGAAAGAGUGGAUGCCCAACGCGGCGUUUGUGAAUUGCUACGAUGGGCCCACGGAGGCGGUCGGAUACCACUCGGAUGAACUGACCUAUCUCGGCCCGCGGGCCGUGAUCGGAAGCCUGAGUCUCGGCGUGGAGCGGGAGUUUCGCGUCCGAAAAAUCAUUCCCACCGACGACGAUGACGAUGCUGCUGCUGCUGCUGCUGCUGCUGCUGCUGAAGACCCGGAGGCGCCGGGAGAUACUUCCGAAGGACAGAUCUCGGCGCAUACAGCAGCGGAUAAGACGUCCACUCCGACCAAGGCCCCGAUUCCUUCGGAACUCAACAACAACAUCUCUCGCAAAUCACCGACGACAUCCUCACCAGCAGCAGCAGCAGCAGCAACAGCAGGAGCCCGGGCCAACGCUCAGGGGCAAAUCUCUAUCCACCUCCCGCACAACUCGCUGCUGGUCAUGCACGCGGAGAUGCAGGAGGAAUGGAAGCACGCCAUUGUGCCGGCGCAGACCAUCUCGCCGCAUCCGCUGGCGGGGAAUCGGCGCAUCAAUGUCACGUAUCGGUGGUACCGCGACUCGUUGCACCCGCGGUACACGCCCCGGUGCCGGUGUGGUGCCCCUACGAUUCUGCGGUGCGUGCAGCGCAGACGCGAGACCCGGGGCCGGUAUAUGUGGAUGUGCUAUGCGGGGUAUGCCCCGGGCAAGAAAGGGUGUAGCUUUUUCCAGUGGGCGGAUUUCAAUGAAGACGGGGAGCCACUCUGGGACAAGACGGCCGUGCCUGAUGAUGCGCCGUGGUUGGAGAAUUUCGUAGAAGGACAGGAUCAGCUUGAGGCUGGGGUUAGGGGACACGUAGGAAACGAGAAGGACAAUACCAGUAUCUGAGAAUACCUUAUUUAUCGGGAAAGGGUUGCAUUGGUGAUACUGCGUCAGCCGAUGGAUAUGCUUCCGGAAUCUCAUUCUGUAUGCAUAACAGCCUUAGUUACACUUGAUCAUCAAAAGAGACUCUUCAAU